UGCGGGUGCGGAGGGAACGGGGAAGAGCGAGUACGAAAUUGUGGCUGAGGUAAACAGCAGAAGUUAUCUGUAGAUCUCAAAGCGAUACGAUAUAACUACGGACGGGUAAGCCUCGUGGAAACAUGUAGACAUUAAUUACGUUCGAUACUAGCAGACAAACAUCCACAAAAAGCGCUGGGCAUGUUCAUGUUUGGAUGUGCUGAGGCUCGAGUCGCAGGUUUUGUUCUACAUUCCUCCCGGCCGACGCGACGCGGUGGGAACCGCACAACUGAGUAAUGCUUUCACUUUUCCAGAGAGAAGAUGGAUGAAAAAUCCUACUACAGCCGCCGACUCAUCGCACUGCUGAUGGUCCUGUGUUUCGGCGUUAUUGUAUUACAAUACAUAUGUCCUACGUCCGACUGCCAGUUGCUACACCUGGCAUCAUUGUCCUCGAGACUAGGGAGUCGCGCGCCCGGGGAUCGCAUGAACGGAGCCGGUGCGGGAGAUCCGUACAGCUCAGAAGACGGUGCUUUGGUUCGCUUUGUGCCUCGCUUUAAUUUCACCACCAAAGACCUUAAUCGCGCUGUUGAUUUCAAUAUCAAGGGGGACGAUGUUAUAGUGUUCCUCCACAUUCAGAAAACCGGGGGGACCACGUUCGGGCGUCACCUGGUCCGCAACAUCCAACUGGAGAGGCCGUGCGAGUGCCAUGCGGGCCAGAAGAAGUGUACUUGCUACCGGCCGGGCAAACGGGACACCUGGCUGUUCUCUCGCUUCUCCACCGGCUGGACCUGCGGUCUGCACGCGGACUGGACGGAGCUCACUAACUGCGUGCCUUCUUACAUGAGCAACCGUGAGUCUCAGGAGAGGCGUGGGAUUCCCAGUAGGAACUACUACUACAUCACGAUCUUGAGGGAUCCAGUGUGGCGGUACCUGAGCGAAUGGAGGCACGUUCAACGCGGUGCCACAUGGAAGGCCUCUAAACACAUCUGUGAUGGCCGUUUACCCACCCUGACCGAGCUGCCCAGCUGUUACACUGGUGACGACUGGUCGGGCUGCUCGUUGGAGGAAUUCAUGGCGUGUCCUUACAACCUGGCCAACAACAGACAGACCCGUAUGCUGGCCGACCUCAGCCUGGUGGGCUGCUAUAACCUCUCCAUCAUGAGUGAGAGCCAGCGGUGGGUCAUGCUACUGGAAAGUGCCAAACGCAACUUGCGAAACAUGGCCUUUUUUGGUCUGACAGAAUAUCAACGUAAGACUCAGUACCUCUUCGAGCAAACAUUCCGUCUGGCCUUCAUCGCGCCAUUCACACAGCUCAAUGGCACCCGCGCUGCGAGCGUAGAGGUGGAACCAGAGACUCAGCGAAGGAUCCGAGAGCUGAACCAGUGGGACGUGGAGCUGUACGAGUAUGCGCGGGACCUUUUCCUGCAGCGAUUCCAGUACGCCAGACAGAAGGAGCGCAGGGAGGCCCGUCAGCGACGCCUGCAGGAGAGACGCAAGCUACGUGCCAAGGCGAAGUCUUGGUGGGGGGUGACUGGAAAAGCUGUUUUUAAACCCACCAAGGAGCCAUCAAUGACAGAACAAUAUCCCGCUUUCUCAGAAGAAAAUCAAGCGGAUGCUGGACAAAAGCUGGAGAGUGAGACAGAGGGACAGGUGGAGGACAACUGGUUAGAGGAGGAUGACAAUGAAACCAUAUUGGACUAUUUAGAAAAUGUGGAGCAGUGGCGGUAGCCAACAGCUAUUUGGGAAGGGGGUUGAACUCAAUAAUGGAUUAGAAAAUGGUGAAUCCAUUUUAUUACUAUGGGGUACCUAUAAUCCUUUUAGCCCAAAUCACUGCUAAAUAUUAGCACGUACGGGUUUGUUAAUUGCGGGUUGCUCUUUUUGUGACACAUGAAUUUUGUGUAACGCACAUCAUAAUUCCCAUAUAUAU